UUCAAUUACAUCAUGUGCGUAGUAAACAAUCUUCGUGUUAUAUAUUUUAUUUUUAUCAUUUUCCUUAUAAUACAACACGUAAUACAAAGUGCAUAGGUUCAAAUAGAUCAUAUCAAUAACAGUUUUCUUAGUCACGCUAAAUAUGAAGUUACGACGCAUUUGCCAUAUUUCGCACUCUCUUUGUCGCAAUCAUCCAAUGUCAAAGUAGAGGUGGAAAGUAUUUAAACAUCCGUUUUCGCCGUUGCGUUUUAGAAGUCUCAUCGAAACCGUGAGAGAUAGAGCUUUUUAAGCAAGUAUACAAGAACAGUUUGCAAGAUGAAACAAAAUUUAUCGCUCUUUGUGAUACUGCUAGUAUUGCUAGCCGCCGGCACAUUUGCUCAGCUGUUUAACAAAAGCGGCAACUGUCCACUAAGGAAUACCGUGACAAACUGCGUCUCCAGAUGUUUAAGUGAUGAUCAGUGCCCUUCCAAUCAGAAGUGCUGCCCGAAUAAAUGCGGUCAUACAUCGUGCACUCAAUCAACUGUCAUCAACACUGGUAGUGACGGUGGAUACAAAGGCUCGAGCAAUAAUCAAGCGGUUUACUGCAACGGGGUGAGAUGCGCUCAGUAUGAAAAAUGCCAAUACGAUCGCGACACCAGGCGUGACAAAUGUACGCGUGCUUAACGCACUGAAAGAAUAACAUUUUUUUACCUUUCCCAAAAAAAUUCUGUUACAUGAAUAAAUCAAUUAAAGAUAAGUUACAACUGUAUGAGUAUCACAAUGAUCCUACGUUUGAUUUUAUUGAUCAUCAGCUGUAAAAUAUUUUAUAGAUAUAAAAAUAGAUUAUAGCUAUUAGAUAUGAGAGAGAUCUAAAUAUUUCAAAUGUGUACCUCCAUGUUUGUAUUAAUUUGACAAUAAAUUUAUGUAAAAAUCUUA